AUGUCUUGCUACGACCUGUGCCCACCAAAGACCAGCGUGGCCGUCCCUCAGCCCAUCGCUGAGAGCUGCAACGACCUGUGCACCCGCCAGUGCCCUGACUCCACGGCCUUCAUCCAGCCACCCCCUGUCAUGGUCACCUUCCCCGGACCCAUCCUCAGCUCUUUCCCCCAGCAAGCUGUGGUGGGCUCCUCUGGAGCACCGGCCUUUGGGGGCAACCUGGGUCUGGGGGGCCUCUAUGGUGCCGGUGCCACCCAGGUCUCGGGGGGCCUCUGCACCUUUGGCAGAGCCUACGCUGCUCCUGCCUGCAGCCCUUGUGUCUUGCCCCGCUCCAGCAAGAAGCUCUGGGACACCUGUGGGUCCUGCUAGACUCAGACGCAAACACCACACAGCCCUUGGUACAACUCAGCUUCACCCUUCCUCUCUUUUCUGCCCUCCUGCCCCUCUUUCCAUGGCACCGCUCCUCCUUGCUCAAUCCUGUUCCCCGAUGUGCAGCUCCACCAUCAUCCCACAGGGCACUUGCUUGUCUCUCCAAUUACUAUUGCCUGGCAGAAACCUGAAGGAACAUCUCUCCAGAAGACAGGGGGGAUAACCAGCCUGCCUCACCUCAUGUGUCUUUCUCCAGUCAAUAAAACAAGACUGCAUCCAC